AUGUUUUUUACGCGGAGGAUUUUGGUGCCAUUUUUAAAAUCAUUUGGUAAAAAAGUUGAAUAUUAUGGACAGUUUCAUCCAUCUUCGCUUACUAUUCAACAAUUUUUGGAUUUUGGACGCAAAGGAACUCCGCAAACAUCAUAUUUAUUUAUAAGAAAAGAGCUUUUGGUUCGACUCGCAAAUAUUAUGCAGGAAAUUAGUUUAUUACCUGAUGAACUACUGUCAACACGAUCAGUGAAAAUUGUCAGUGAUUAUUAUUAUGAAAGUUUUCAAGACAUUGUUAAAUUUGAGAAUGCAGAUACCAGUAGUGAAGUUAUCGACAAGUUAGUCAAAAUGUUGCAAUUUUUUUCUAAAUAG